AUGUCUGUCAAAGAAACAAAAUCUCUCAGUAGAAGAUGGAAAGAUUGUCGCCAAAAACAGCAAGGACCAAUAAGAGCUGAUCACAACACAGAUUGUCAAAGUUCAACACUGAAUCAAUCAUUUAAAACGAAUGAAUCAAAACAAUCUCGCUUACAACGCAUGAAUGAUUGGAUCCGAAAAAAUGUUUUUCAGUGUAUACCAUUAGAUGAAUCAAACCAAAUCUUUCCAUUGUCACCUGUCCACUAUGCCAAGUCUCCUAUUACAAAACAACCUAUUUCGUCAAGAAGAAUAUCCUCAUCAAUAUUACCUGGUGAUAGUCAAGCAGCCAAUAUUAUAACUUCAGCAGUUGCAUCACAUCAAAAUUCUCAAUUGGAUAAUGAACAUUACAGCUCGUUCGAAUCGAUCAAUGUUCCGCUUGCUUCUUCGGAAGAUAUUACUAUCGACAACAGUAUACAAAAUCUUGCUAAACGAAGUUCAUCGACUUCUAUCUCCGUAUCUGUUCUCGCGAAGAAUUUCGAUAAAUUAUCUAAAAAUUAUCAACGUCAUUCUCAUAAAAAGAUGAGAAUCGAAGAUACAACAAUGAAAAAAUAUCGCAGCCAAACAACAUCACAAAUGCAUUACGGGAAGAAUGAAUCGAUUUCAAAUACUCGACACCAAUCCAAUAAUCGAUCGUCUUUUUCAACGAAUCGAAUAACCAGAGAUGAAGAAAUCAGUACAAGCAUGUAUAAUCUUCCUCCUUUGCCGCGUAAAAAGACAAAACAUUUUGAUUCUUCAUCUCAAGAUAAUGAGGAUUAUACAAUAUCGAAAAAACGAAUUCGUAAGGAAUCGGCUCCCGAAUGUUUCGAUCUUACUAUUACACUGACUCCUUUUCAAGAGAAGAACAUUGAAUCUACACUACAAAUUAAAAAAAUUGACGAGCAAGAUAUUCGUCCAUCACCAAUAUCUUCUUCACAAGCGAUCUAUCAUGGCAUGACAAAUACAUUUCGAAAUUCUCUUCUUUCUAAAACUGAUGUCCCACGUGGCCAAUGUGGCUUACGAAAUAUCGGAAAUACAUGUUUUAUGAAUAGUGCUCUGCAAUGUUUAAGCAGUGUUCCUGAUUUAACUGAAUACAUUUUGGAAAAUGGUGUUACUAACAUCUUAAAUACUACUAACGAUCUCGGAACACACGGAAAGUUGGCCUUAGCUUAUGCUAAUUUGAUCCAAGAAAUGUGGUCUGGUAAGAAAACAACUGUUGAUGCAUCUGCUGUCAAACAGUAUGUCAGUAAAUUAUCACCACGAUUUGCAGGCUAUAAUCAACAAGACUCGCAUGAAUUUCUUAAUAUAUUGCUCGAUGCUUUGCAUGAAGAUUUGAAACAAAAUCUCGAAGAUACCGAUAAUGAAACAUCGCUAAUUUCUAAGAUUUUUCAUGGACAAAUGCGUUCGACUGUUACGUGCACAUGCGGAGAACCUUGUAUAACAUUUUAUUCAAUCAGUUUUCUUGCUUUACCGAUUCCAGAUUUGUCACUCGCGUCAUCUCAUCGAGCACAUUCGAAUCAGUUUCGAACACAAACAGUAACUCUAAUUGACUGUUUCAAUGAAUUUCUCAAAGGUGAAAAGAUUGGAGAAAAUGGCCAAUGGUUUUGUGACAAAUGCAAUGGUUUGAGGGAUGCCGAGAAGAGAUUAGAUGUGUGGACUCUUCCUAAAGUACUCAUUUUACAAUUGAAAAGAUUCACGAACGAUCUUUGGAAUAACGUUAAAAUUCAAACACUUGUUGAAUUUCCAGUCGAUUCUCCUCUUGAUCUUGAUCGGUUCAUUCCUGUUACUAAUAAUCAAGAAAAUGCUCUCUACAAUCUCGUGGCGGUUUCAAGUCAUUCUGGUAACCUCACCAGCGGACAUUAUACAACCUAUGCAAAAAACUUUCUUACUAAAAACUGGCUUCAUUUCAACGAUGAAUAUGUGUGUAAAGCAGACGAGAAAGUUAUUCAGUCAUCAGAUGCCUAUAUUCUCGUUUAUCGCCAACAAGAAACAAACUUAUAA